AUCGAUCAGUUCAGACAACUCCUUGUGAUCUGUUGAUUACUGCCCUCAACCUAGCCCCAGGUCAAUUCCCGACGACUCUCAUGGUGAUGAAGUCACCGAGCGUACUGCCACUGCUGGUGGUAUUUCUGCUGGUUUGUCAGUCAGCUUCAGCGCAGCAGCAGCAGCAGACGUACAACAUAUGGCGUCUCCUCGCCAAUAAUCUCAGCCCCCUGAAGCUCGAGGUUAGGGUUUGCACUGUCGUGGGAUGCUACAUCAGGUCCCCUCAGAGCAUUAACACGCUGGGCCCCAAAUCUGUUGCUCUCUACGGCGUGGAUGACCCAUUCCAGAAGGCGUACAUGGUCAUCACUGACCUCAAAUCCGGACGAAAGUUGGCACGAACUUUGUGGACUGGUCAGCUCGACGCUUCCAACCCUGCCAACAUCCUUUCCGUGGUGCCGAAGUCGGCCUCCGUGACCGAAAUUUGGUUCUCCGAUUUAUCAGGAAAGAACGUUCUUCUCGGCGUGUUGCAGUGACCAAUCACUGUUUAUAGAGCUCGGCGGGAGGGCUUACGGUGGACACUUAGGCACUCGAGACGAGGAAGGGCGUAGCAAGUGACCAGGCUCCUCGUAGCCAACGAAUGGCUUAAUGCCUUUCCUCGUGUAAAUUUUAACUCCCGACGAGUUCCCUUCCGUGUUCCGCUUGAUUUUUCUGAUUUCAAUAAAACUUCGCCGAGCGAGAACUCCGUUCGAUGGAGCUCGGUUGUCGUCAAUCUUCUGAUGCAGCUUGUACAUGAAUGAUUUGUGCAUCGUCGACGUCCAUGCAGGCGGGCGACUUGCGGACGAAGCUUCAACUCCGCCUGUGUGUAGAAAUCUUUCAGUUUAUACGUGAGUAGGGUUUCCUCUGUUGGUCUCGAGAUAGCACGACACCAUCUCGAUGCAAACUAUGUUUAUGUCAUAAGAGCAGGCAUUUGAGAGGAAUUCAAGGCUUCUCUGAUCUCACC